AUGCUGCGUCAAUUUCACAAGGCGCCUAUGCGCGCUGUAACGACAUCACGCGUGUCCACAGUCUUUGCUAGGUCUGCUGGAUGCCGCAUGAUGACUAGCUCGGUUCGUGUAAUGGCUGGUCCUAUUCCCAAGCCAUCUUCUCCUUCCCCUAGCGAUUCUUUCGCUACGACUAACAACUCCUAUUAUGCUGAAGAGAUGUAUCGUCGCUGGAAAGAAGACCCGAAGUCUGUUCACAGUAGCUGGGACGUUUAUUUCUCUGGCAUGGAUUCUGGUAUGCCGAGUCAACAGGCUUUCACUCCUGCCCCAAGCCAGCUCAGCAUGCCAGGUACUGGGACUGUCACUGAACCAGGGUCCCAUCCUGCCAAUGAUUAUCUGAAGCUUCAGCUCCUCGUGCGUGCCUUUCAAGUACAGGGCCACAAGAUUGCCAAGAUUGAUCCUCUGAGGAUUAUCGACAGUGAGCGUGCUGAAAAGAUGCCCAAGGAGCUCGAUCCCAGCUACUAUGGAUGGAGCGAUUCUGAUCUCGAUAAAGAAAUGCAGCUAGGCACAGGAUUGCUCCCGAACUUUGCCGCCGCUGGUACUACUAAGCUGACCAUUCGCGAGGUAAUCGAUGCAUGCCGCCGAAUUUACUGUGGGUCAAUUGGUUAUCAAUACGUGCAUGUGCCUGAUCGCAACCAAUGUGACUGGCUUCGUGAGCAUCUUGAAGUGCCCAAGCCGUUUGAGUACACGAAGGACGAGAAAUGGCGUAUUUUCGAUCGCCUCGUUUGGUCCGACUCCUUUGAGCGCUUUAUUGCCUCCAAAUAUCCCAAUGAAAAGCGCUUUGGCCUUGAGGGUGGUGAAUCUAUGAUUCCAGGUGUAAAGACUAUCAUUGACCGCGCGGUGGAGACAGGCGUUCGUAACAUUACCAUGGGUAUGCCUCACCGUGGACGUCUUAACGUGCUUGGUAAUGUCAUUCGUCGCCCUCUGGAAAGCAUUCUCCACCAAUUUGCUGACAAGUCAAACGAAGAGGGGGGUGGUGAUGUGAAAUAUCACCUAGGUGCCAACUAUGUUCGCCCUACUCCCUCAGGUGAAAAGGUGGCUUUGUCGCUCGUGGCUAACCCGUCUCAUCUGGAAGCCGAAGACCCUGUUGUUCUCGGUAAGACCCGUGCCCUGCAAGACUUUGAGGGCGACAAGGAGCACAACAAGUCUAUGGCUCUGCUGAUGCACGGCGACGCUGCAUUUGCUGGGCAGGGUGUUGUCUAUGAGACGAUGGGUAUGUACAAUCUGCCCAAGUUUGCUACUGGCGGUACUAUUCACAUCAUUGUCAACAACCAAAUCGGUUUUACGACUGACCCUCGUUUCGCGCGUUCGACUCCUUAUCCAUCUGACAUUGCCAAGGGUAUUGAUGCUCCUAUUUUCCAUGUCAAUGGUGAUGAUGUUGAAGCUGUGAAUUAUGUGUGUGGUCUUGCUGUGGACUGGCGCACCAAGUUCAAGAAGGAUGUCGUGAUUGAUCUGGUCUGUUACCGUCGUCAUGGCCACAACGAGAUUGACCAGCCUUCGUUCACACAGCCUCGCAUGUACGAAGCCAUUGGUAAACAACUCCCGACGUUGAAGCAAUACAUCAACCGCCUUGUUGAAGAAGGCACAUUCACCGAGAAGCAGCUGAACGACCACUGCGAAUGGGUUUGGGGCAUGCUUCAGGAGGCUUUCGAGAAGAGUAAGACGUAUGAACCUGAGGAGCGUCAAUGGCUUUCGAGUGCAUGGGAAGGCUUCCCUUCACCCCGCGAGCUCAAGGAGCACAUUCUCGAACAACGCGAGACCGGUGUUGACGUCGAGCGCCUGCGCUACAUCGGCAAGGCGUCUGCUUCGUUCCCUGAAGACUUUACUGUUCACCGUAACUUGGUGCGUAUUCUCAGGAACCGCGAGAAGACUCUGGAGACUGGCGAGGGUAUUGACAUGUCCACUGCCGAAGCUCUGGCUUUUGGAUCGCUCGUUAUGGAGAAUAAUAUGGUCCGUGUUUCUGGUCAAGACGUUGAGCGUGGUACUUUCUCACAACGUCAUGCUGUUCUGCACGACCAGAAGAGUGAGAACACCUAUGUUCCUCUGCAGCAUCUUUCUGAUGACCAAGCGCCGUUCACCAUAUGCAACAGUUCGCUCUCGGAGUUUGGUGCAUUGGGCUUUGAGCUUGGUUUCUCUCUUGUGGAUCCCAAAAACCUUACUAUCUGGGAGGCUCAGUUUGGUGACUUCGCCAACAACGCGCAGUGCAUUAUUGAUCAAUUCAUCGCUUCGGGUGAACACAAAUGGCUGCAGCGCACGGGUCUGGUUGUGAAUCUGCCUCAUGGUUACGACGGACAGGGCCCUGAGCACUCGAGUGCCCGUCCUGAACGUUUCCUUCUUUUGAUGGAUGACCACCCGUACCGAUUCCCUAACAGUGAGCAGGUGGCCCGUCAGCAUCAAGAUGCCAACAUGGCUGUUGUUUACUGCACCACGCCGGCCAAUCUGUUCCAUGUUUUGCGUCGCCAAGUGCAUCGCGAUUUCCGCAAACCGCUGAUCAACCUCUUCAGCAAGUCGCUUCUGCGCCACCCCGAGGCUCGCUCGAAGCUCGAGGAAAUGGGUCCGGGAACGUCAUUCCAGCGCGUGAUUCCCGAGCCUCAUGAGACUGAGGGCAAAGAUGCUCUCGUUUCUCCUGAGCAGAUUAAGCGUCAUAUCCUUACUGUGGGUCAGUCGUAUUAUGCCUUGCUCAACCAUCGUCGUGAGAAUGAGAUCAAAGAUGUCGCUAUUACUCGAAUUGAACAGAUUGCUCCUCUUGACUAUGAGACUAUUGUUGCGGCGCUUGACAAGUAUCCUAACGCUGAUUUGAUGUUUGCCCAAGAAGAACCCGUGAACAAUGGUGCUUGGCUGUAUCUUGAGCCUCGUCUGCGUACUUUGUGCACCAAGACGCAGCACCACAAGGGUCGCGAAUUCAUGGUUUCUGCUCGCCCGCCGUCUAGCUCUGUUGCUACUGGUAACAAGGGUGCUCAUCUGGCCGAGCUUCGUGCAUAUGUCAACGGUGCAUUUGAUAUGAACCGCAGCGUUCACGACGAAGCGUAA